AUGGGACUACAGGAGGUCAGAAGUACAGACGACCGACACCUACAAGACAUUGCCGAUAUUCUCGCCAGCUCGCACAAAGUGAUUGUCGUCACGGGUGCGGGAAUCAGCACAAGCUGUGGCAUUCCAGACUUCCGAUCCAAGGAUGGACUGUAUAAUAUCAUCCCAGAGCAAGCUCUGCUUCCAACACCUCCCGCAUCACAACCUUCCACCCCUACUUUGAAGCGAACAAUCUCGAUGGUAGAAGAGGACGACUUCCCUUCAUCACAAGCAUCCAGCGCAUCGACUACCUCGCGACGCGCAUCUACAAGCCCUUCGUCCAAACUAAGGGGACAAGAUCUGUUUGAUUCUCGAGUGUUUCAAGACGUCGCGUCGACCAGGGUGUUCUAUCAGUUUAUCGCUUCGCUAAGACAAAAGAUCCGAGAUGAAGUUCGCGCGACAAGCUCGGUCCACAAGUUCCUGAGAGUCCUUCGCGAUGGGGGCAGAUUGAUGCGGUGCUACACCCAGAAUAUCGACGGACUGGAGACACGAGAGGGACUGGUCACCGAUCUCACGCGUGGCAAGGGAAACAAACGUCGAUUCAUGAAGAAGCAUUACGAGAGUCCUCGUCCUGGUCACGUCCAAGGCACCGACUUCGAUGCUGGGUGCGAAGUUGUGCAGCUCCACGGGGAUCUGCAGAAGCUCCGAUGCACCAUGUGCGCCGUUCAGUAUGAGUGGACAGACGAAGAGACCGAUAUUUAUCUGGAAGGAGCUGCACCAAACUGCCAGAAAUGCAAGGCGAAGAGUGAGGAGAGAAUGGCCAAUGGGAAACGUGGUCUGGCAGUGGGCUGUCUGCGACCGAACAUUGUGUUGUACGGAGAGGACCACCCAUCAAAUACUCUCCUCACACCUCUCAUUCCCUUCGACGCCAGCUGCCAGCCGGAAGUGAUGAUCAUAAUGGGAACAUCAUUGAAAGUCUUUGGUCUUCAGAAGAUGGUCCGAGAGUUUGCCAAAGCCGUUCAUGCACAUAAGAACGGCAAAGGCAAGGUUGUCUUUGUGAACAGGACGCGCCCUGCAGAAAGCGUGUGGGAGGGCACAAUCGACGACUUUGUGUGCAUGGAUUGCGAUGAUUGGGUCGACGAUUUGAGAACCCGCCGUUCAGACCUGUGGCUUCGACAGGGCGAGAUCGAUAUGACAGUUACAAAGCCUUCCCAACCAAGAAAGAAGAGGAAAUCAGUGAUGGCAGAGGAUGAAAUCGAGAACCAACCGACGAAGAAAACGAAAGUGGUCGUUGAGAUCCCCCGAGUAGCCCAUCCGCCACACGGAAUACCUCUUCAGAAUCCUAUGCAGAAGAUAAUGUCGACUCCGAGCAAGCCCCGAUUCCCACUCGCACUCGGCAACUACGCGAGGGGAAUCCUCUCUCCCCUAGCACAAGCCAAACGACCACCGAUCUCACCACUGACCAGCCCAGUAAGACCUGACGACGACGAUGUUAUCCACCAAGUCCGAAGUCCGGCGAAGAGAACCACGCCACAGGCACCCAUGUUCUCACCGAUCACCCCUAACGAGCAUCCGGGCAGCAAUCUGAAACUGCAAAUACUCCCAGACGAGGUUGUGUUGAUAGACGACGACGACGACGACGACGACGACGACGAUGAGGAGAACAACAACACGACAACAGAAGAAACACCCACCCACCGGAGCCUAUCCCGGCCAGGGGCAUCUGACACACUGAAGAAGCCCAUGAAGAAAGCGCAGCAAGGUCGAAACAUAAUCUCUCCUGCAACAAUGCAGAAGAAGGCGAGACAUAGUACGCGGAAGACGCCCGGAUUGGUAGCGCAGCUCUGGCAAUUUAUCACGGAUGAGCGGCCGCCGUCGUCACAACCGCGUUCUCCAGUGUCUGAGGUCUUCGAGCGCGAGGGCGAGAGCGAGGGCGAUGCCAUCGAGGUAGUCUGCACUCCAACUAAGGGACCGAGGGCCAGGAAGAUCGAUGUUUUUGCUGGGUGA